GCCGCACGAUGGAGAUACCGCCGCAAAAACUGCUCUUCCAGUGGCUUCAUUCAAGUGCAGCUCCUUGUAAGGAAAACGAUACCGGCGAGGCGUUGAUGGCAGCGAUCCAGCGGUUGGAGCCACUCUUGACGAAGCAAGCCGUGGACGCGUACCCGAGUCACACCCUCGACGUCGCCAUCCAGUGCAUUGUGGUUUUGCCCGCCGAGACGAGCGCCGUCGUCGCUGAAGUCCAAAAGCUGCGCUACCAAAAGCUGCGCUACUUCCUCGCGAACCAAGUGCAGCUCGACAUGGUGCCGCCCAUGAUGCAAACGUCGAAUGAGCCGCCGCUGGCGUCGUGCCCGAUGCUCACCUGUCUAUAUGAAGUCGAUGCUCACUCGAUGCACUCGGCGGCGCCCCGCAUUGGGCUCGAGAGCGCAAGUCGGUCGCGUCAAAACACGUCAUUUGAUGUGGUUGGCACCGACCCACGUACCGAUGGGCAGCAAGAGUUGAACGAAGCUCCACCGGCGACGCUGCCGCUGGGUGUGCCAACUCUGCUGCCGCGCUCGGAUGUACGUCCAAAGAGAGACAUUGAUCAACCCGCAACGACAUUGACGACAUUAACGACGACACCACCCGACCUUCCGUGCUCGAUGGUGAGCAAGGAGUCGGACCAGCCUGCGUCGUUUGAACCUAGCGACUCCGAGUUCCCCAGUGGCCUCCGCCCGACGCUGGUCCAUUUUGAUACAUAUUAUCAUUCGAGCGCAUCUCCUGGGAAGGCAAACGAUACAAACGAGACGUUCUUGGCAGCGAUCCAGACGUUGCAGCCGCUCUUGACAAAGCAAGCCGUGUCGGCGUACCCGAGUCACAUCCUCGACCUCGCCAUCCAGUGCAUUGCGGCCUUGCCCGUCGAUACAACCGCCGUCGUCGCCAAAGUCCUAAAGCUGCGCUACUUCCUCGCGAACCAAGUCUGAGCCACGCAGUGUGCUCAGUCGUGACCCGGCGUAGCCUGGAGCUACACUCUCCCGCACCUCCGCGGCCACGGAGAAUUACACUUCCCCAAUUGUACUAUCAGGCAAGACCAUUUGAAUCAAUACAUGUUAUAGU